AGCUGCACUGACGGCGGAUGCCCGCGCCUCAGAGUUACUGACUUACUCUUGAGACUCCUCUACUGUCAUCUGUCCUCAUGGAUGAACUUCAAGAUGUUCAACUCACAGAGAUCAAACCACUUCUAAAUGAUAAGAAUGGUACACGAAACUUCCAGGACUUUGACUGUCAGGAGCACGACAUAGAAACAACUCACGGUGUGGUUCAUGUCACUAUACGAGGCUUACCGAAGGGAAACAGACCAGUUAUACUGACAUAUCAUGACAUUGGCCUCAACCAUAAAUCCUGUUUCAAUGCGUUCUUUAACUUUGAGGAUAUGCAAGAGAUCACCCAGCACUUUGCUGUCUGUCAUGUGGAUGCCCCAGGCCAGCAGGAAGGUGCACCCCCUUUCCCAACAGGGUACCAGUAUCCCACGAUGGAUGAGCUGGCCGAAAUGCUGCCUCCUGUUCUUACCCACCUAAGCCUGAAAAGCAUCGUUGGAAUUGGAGUUGGAGCUGGAGCUUAUGUCCUCAGUAGAUUUGCACUUAAUCAUCCGGAACUUGUGGAAGGCCUUGUGCUUAUUAAUGUUGACCCUUGUGCCAAAGGCUGGAUUGACUGGGCAGCUUCCAAACUCUCAGGUCUGACAACCAAUGUUGUGGACAUUAUUUUGGCUCAUCACUUUGGACAGGAAGAGUUGCAGGCCAACUUGGACCUGAUUCAAACCUACAGACUGCAUAUUGCCCAAGAUAUCAACCAAGAAAACCUACAGCUCUUCUUGGGUUCCUAUAAUGGGCGCAGAGACCUGGAGAUUGAAAGACCCAUACUGGGCCAAUAUGAUAACAAAUUAAAAACAUUAAAGUGCUCUACUUUACUGGUGGUAGGAGACAAUUCACCUGCAGUUGAGGCUGUGGUGGAAUGCAAUUCCCGCCUGAACCCGAUAAAUACAACUUUGUUAAAGAUGGCAGACUGUGGAGGAUUGCCCCAAGUAGUUCAGCCUGGGAAGCUCACCGAAGCCUUCAAAUACUUUUUGCAGGGAAUGGGCUACAUCCCGUAUGUGCAGCUCAGUCACCUGAGCACCGAGUCAGUACCAUCUGCCAGUAUGACCCGGCUCGCCCGGUCACGGACCCACUCAACCUCGAGUAGCAUCGGCUCUGGAGAAAGUCCCUUCAGCCGGUCUGUCACCAGCAAUCAGUCAGAUGGAACUCAAGAGUCCUGUGAGUCCCCUGAUGUCCUGGACAGACACCAGACCAUGGAGAUGUCCUGCUAAGCAGAUGCUCCUUCCCUGGACCAUGCAAUCCAUCCUUCUUCAAAUGACCACUCCAUAAUAUAACAUUUCAUUCUGUAAGCUGGCCUCUACUAUCUUUAACUCAUGCAUGGCCACUGAAACCUCUCUCUAGUAGCCUGGAUUUAUCAUUCUGUCUGCCUGCCCCACCCCCUUUUGUAUAUACCAAAAACCAUCCAUGCCAUUACUGUAACAUUCCAGCAUCUUAACUGAUCUGAGUUUCAUAUCUUCUCUUGCCAGCUUUUUCCUGUGCUCCCCCAGCUAUGUAUCAGAAAAGAUUCUUUAUCCCAACUCUGUGUGUGUGCGAGCACGUGUGUCUGUGUUUGUGUGUGCAUAGGUCUGUGAUUUUAGACAUGCUUCCUUGUAGUGCUUCUGCAAAAAAACAAAAAAGGGACUUUUUUGCAUUCUCAGUGAUGUUUUUCUCAGUGAUGUUUUUAAGGGAAAUGUGCGGCACAGAUUUCUGGGUUGGAUAGGCCAUUGCAUUCUCUUUUGUUUCCAAAUUGGUCAACAAGAUGUGCACAGUGAUUUCAGGAGAGAACAGCUCUUAAGGAAUGAGGAAGAUCCUAAGUACUGUUUGGACUGUUGAUUGAUUGUGACUAGUAGUAGAAGGGACCUGGUGCGUAGAGAGGCAGGCAGGUUGGCCAGCCACCUCCUCCUGUCCAAAUGAAUUCACGUGUGCUAUUCUGUAAAUAAAAGGGAGAUAUAUAUUCUGCUAGAAGCCCAUGAACCAUCAACAAGGUUCUGAUGCAGCAGCUUUAUCCAGGGAGUGAGUGUGGCUUAAUUACUGGACAUUCUUAGCACAGGAAGGUGGAAAACAAAAUGCCAGGCUUCCGCUCAGCAGGAGCAAAGUGCUGUCACUGUAGUGUCUGAAUACCACUUAUUAGACAUCCACAUAUCGCAAGAAGUGCCUCCCAGAUCUAUGAUGGAGACUGUUUCUCUACGCCAUAAUCCCCUCAAAAGGGAGAGAGAUCAAGUCGAUGGUGAGGAAAUGGGUGGGGAGAGAGGGACAGCCAUAAACAUGAACAAUAUUGUGUUUAAUGAGUAUAGCCUUGAUUUCAGCAGACUUAGUGGAAACUAAAUUAAACUGAUACAGAGCCCAUUACUCAGAAAGGUUCUUAAUCAUCUGAACUCCCUUUUGUAGGCGGGAAGGGGCCAAUCUGUAAGGGCAGCCUUGUCCAGGUAAAGUUGUUUUCAGCCUUCUGUCUGCUGUUAUGUGAGGGGUCUCAGCCAGCCAGAGAGUUUCGCUGGAGGAGGGCGAAAGGACCAUGGAGACCAGCUGCCACACAGCAAGAGCCCAGCUCUCGGGAGCAUUGAGAUUGGGCCCCCUCCACCCACUGGAGAUGUAAGCUCAGGGUUAUACAGUUUUGAAUCUGGGGAAGGGGCUUUCAGACACAUUGUUUGCUUUCUGCUGAAAUAAGGAAUGCAUCACUCUGCCAGAGGACAACUUUUUACAGAUUAUUAAAUAAAGCUGUAUAUGUCUCAUUGUUACCUGA